UCUCUCUAUAAAUAUUCCAGAACCUUCCUUCUUACAGUCAGUGUCCGAACUCCGAUCUCAACCAUCCAUUAUUUGUGUAAAGUUGAAGAAAAUGGCGACAAAGAGAAGCGUUGGAACAUUGAAGGAAGCUGAUUUGAAGGGAAAGAGGGUUUUCGUUAGGGUUGAUCUAAACGUUCCUUUGGAUGAUAACUUGAACAUCACCGAUGAUACCAGAAUCCGUGCUGCUAUUCCUACCAUCAAGUACUUGACUGGUUAUGGUGCUAAAGUCAUCCUCUCCUCCCAUCUGGGACGUCCAAAGGGUGUAACACCUAAGUACAGUUUGAAGCCCCUUGUACCAAGGUUGUCUGAACUUCUUGGAUCCGAGGUUACGAUUGCUGGUGACAGUAUUGGUGAGGAGGUUGAGAAGUUGGUUGCACAAAUUCCAGAAGGUGGUGUUUUGCUUUUAGAGAAUGUGAGGUUCCACAAGGAAGAGGAGAAGAAUGAUCCUGAAUUUGCCAAGAAGUUGGCUUCCCUUGCUGAUCUUUAUGUGAAUGAUGCAUUUGGCACUGCUCAUCGUGCUCAUGCUUCUACAGAAGGUGUUGCUAAAUACUUGAAGCCCUCUGUUGCAGGAUUCCUCAUGCAGAAGGUAUGUUGGAAGUAAAUGUAAUUCCAUGAU